CCCUGGCUUACUUAUUGAUAUAUCAAAGGGAAAUUCUCUAGCCUCUUUCUCCAGCAAGAUUUCAAAGUACCCAGUGACUCUGGAAAAUAGUCCAAAACACUUUGAAGAAUCUAGAAGUUCUGGAAGUUGCUUCUAGUUUGGGUAGGAAACAUUAUACUUGGUAAACUGAAGAAAUGAUGCAUACGCUGAAAAUUGAGCCAAGAUUGUUCAGCUUAAAGGGAUUUUUCUGGCUUUGUCUCUUUGAGCUUUUGCAUAGUAAUUCAGGUUCUCUCAGUCAAGAAUUAACAGUUGUAGUCCAAGCAGGAGAUGAAGCCAGGCUUCCUUGCCGUUACCAAAUCACUAGUGGCACACUAAAAUCUUACUACAUCUACUGGCAAAAGUAUAACUUUGAUAAACAAGAUCUGGUUGUGAUUUCAUAUAAGAACGGUGAAGAAGUUGAAUUGGAAAAGGACAAAUCUUACAAGAACAGAUCAAAGUUAGAAGAGCAGAAUCUUACACUUUCAAUCGCCUCAGUCACAGUAAAUGAUAGUGGACUAUAUAAAUGUUUUGCCAUAUUGGAAACUCGCCUAAAAGGGGAAACAUCUACCCGUUUAUCUGUGAUAGUUCCAUUUAGUACACCUAUCAUCCUGAACAAUUUGUCCGGUGAACAUUGUGACUCAAAAAAUUUGACACUGAUGUGUUUGUCUCAUGGAGGUUCUUCAGAGCCAAAGAUGUAUGGAUCUAUCAAUGAAAAUCCAGUGAAUUGGACUGUCACAAGCAAUGAAAUAUUUGGUCAUUUUAAUAUUACUGGCACCUUGCAGUUAAACAUGACAGAAAAUAUAUUGAUUCAGUGCUCAGUUCAUUAUUUAGAUUUCCAAGUGUCAAGCAAUUAUAGCUUGAAUAUGACAAAGAACUGUUCUGAACCCACAAUGCCACCAUUGAUUCCACCUUUUGGGAUCAUAAUUUCUUCAGGAGUGAUCUUGAUUUUCUUUCUAGCAAUGGUAAUGCUAGUAAUACUCCAAUGCUACUUUCAUAAGCGUCCAACGUCCUCCACCACACAUCAGUCACUGGCAACAGAUGAAAUGAUACUCGAGCAAUCUAGGAGGCAGACACGUUCAAGGCUGGAGAGAUCUCCACUCUGAUUUUGAGUUGCAGUUUCCAGACUUAUUUUGGUAAGAUAUUCUGUUAUUCAGCUGGGAUGAAGAAUUCUCCUAACAGAAUGAAAUGCUGACUAGAAACCACAAACGUAUUUGAAGAUUUCCCUUUACAUACUUGAAGAUGGGUGAUAACUUUAUGUGGACUUGGAAGCUAACCAUGACUGCAUCUGAGAAAGUCUUGAAUGACAGGUUGUAGACAAAAUUAUGUGGUAGUCCUGUUUGAAGAAGACAGUUUUCAAGUUUGAAAACAAGAUUGGAAAACUG